AUGGAUCGCGACAAUGUCUCCGACAAGAAUGGUGAACCCAUUCACGAAGGAGAUUACGUUUACACCAGAAUUCGCGGCGGAACACAUGAAGGCAAGGUCGAAGAAAUCGUCACAGAUGGAGAGCGGGCUGAAGAAACAUCCGUGAAGCACCCUCCCAAGGUCUUGCUGCACAACAAGGAUGGGAAAACAAGGGCGCACAACCCAGGCACCCUGGAAAUAUGCAAUGAGGAUGCAUGA